ACUUGUUCCUGAUGGGCAGGGCACUGUUGCCAUUUUGGAUGAGUUUCUGCAAGUAAGUUUGUGUUUUUCGUUUUUAAAACGCGUUAGCUUCUUCGUGUGUGGCUUGUAUUGGUCGACUACGCAAUAUAUGGGUUCAGAUCUACCCAGAUACUCCAGUUGCCCGCAAGUCCUUGGCACGUCUCGUUCCUUCACUUCACCUCGUCCUCCCGCACGCACAUCUCCUGCCUUGAGUCCCAGAGCGAAUGGUGACAACGAUGAACUAUCGACACGCACACAGCUCGUCGGACAUCGUCUCGCCUUCAACGACAACGUUUCCGUACACGUCGCAUAUCCCACAUGACAGGGAUCACGCUUGGCGCUCGCGAAAUGAUCCGGGAGACGAAUCUGAACAGGAACGCGGGUCGAGAGGCAUUAGUUGUUGAGAAGGUCUUAGGAGACCGUAGAAGAUUGUACAAGUACUUGAACAGGCAUCUGUGGGUCGUGUUGACCGAAGCAAAGGGAUCGUGCGGGUUAUAUGUGCUGGAUAGCGUCAAAGGGAUGAUUUUGUACCAGGCGGGGCUGGUGUGGAUGAAGGUUAUGGGAUGGGUGGUGGGGUACGAAGGGUUGGAGGAUCGUUUCAGUGGAAAUGUAUGGAAUUUUAUCAAGUUUAAUGAUACCUCCGUAAUCAGGGGGGACGUUGCGUGGAGAGGACGGAAUUUGGAAUUUGUGGAGUUGACGAGCCGACAAGGCAUAGAGGUGGCUGUUUCGCUCAUUUCGAAUCCUAUCCUACCUCAUCUGACUGAGGCAUUCUUCAAGGGCAAGGGUAACAACGGAGAAUCCUACCAGUGGUUGUUUAUUCUUGAGUUACUAUCACAGUAUGGCAUUCCAAUACCUUUCGUAGAGCUACUAGAUCGUCCGUUGAAAGUGAUCAUUAAGUGGAGUGAAAACCGUACAGUGCAUGUCCUCGUCCUCGUCCGUCUGACUAAGCACUACGUGGCUGUCUCCCCAUCUCCUGUCCCCAGGCCUCCCUACUUACAACGUGUCCGUUUGCCGGCUUUACCAAAGCUCCCUGCGAAAUACGACUCAGCGCGUGUCAAGAACGAAACCGGGAAAAUCUGCCGGAAGUUAGCGGGGAUGUUGACAGACGCAACGGUAGACCUGUUGGCCAUGGAGAGAGUUAUGACGUGGAGUGUAUUCCGCCUUGGACUUGGCGAGACCGGUCGCAUGGACGGCAUCUGGCGUCGUAUGAAUGCAGGAGUACACCACAAAGGACAUAUCCUGGUGUCUACGCGCCGCUGUGCAAAAGGAAAUUGGGAAAACCCAUUGUCCACAGAAUUCCAUACCUACACAACCUCGCCAGACUGGCUGUCUAGGCAGCUGACUGUGUCGUUAUCGCGCAAGCGGGUUGUGGAGGCGAUGUUCAGGAAGAAGGUGGUCCGUAAAUAUGUCGUGCGUGCGCGAGGUGGACCCACCAGGCCCAAAUCGCAAUGCGACGUCUGCAAGGAGUGUCUAAUAUAUGAUGAGACACUAGACGACAGAGACCUACUUAAGUCGUCGUUGUCUACGCCCGCAAUGAGCCAAAACUUCCACUGA